AUGUCACCACUUCCUCAAAGCACCAUGAAUCAGCCUAGUCCUUCAAUAUCAAAUCAAGCGGUUCACUUCUCCUCUCAUCAUCAUCAUGAUGAUUCCCUCCUUUCAGAUCAAACUGAAUGGAAAAAGAAACAAAGACAUCGCCAAUUAUUGUCUCACUCUGAAAAGAGUCAUAGUUGCAGUCAUUUGUCAGAUUCUUAUUUUAAAACUUUAAGUUGUUCUUUAUUGCAAGAUUCUGGUGAGAUUGACAAGAGCGAAAUUCGAAAAGUCAUUGUCAGAACCCUUCCUCCACUCUCCAACAAAUCUCAAAUUCAUUCCUAUCCAUCAGUUUCUGUCUCUGAUCAUGCUUUUUCUACACCAUCUUAUCAGAGACAAGAAAGAAUAUUAAUUCCUCUCAUCUAUUCUGUUCUUGAAAAACAAGGAAUUUCCAGAAAUGACAAACACAUGACAGGAUUACGAAAAGAAUAUUAUCAUGCUGGACAGGAGAUUCCCAAAGCUCUUCUCGAAUUUAUUCAUGGUUUUGAAUGGAAUACAUGUUCCUUAUUUGAAAAUGCUUCUCGAAAUAUUCAAGCAGGUCCAUUUCGAUUUGAAAAACUUUCUGUUCUUCAAGAUAUUUCUGAAUAUUUAACAGCAUUGCAACGCAUUGAUAUGAAAACUCACAUCUUCCUUUCUGUGACUGGAAGAGAUUUAAUUGGAGUUGAUCCCACUCUCAUUUCACCUGAUCAUGAAUCCAACUUUAAGGUGUUUGUGUUUCGAAAGAAUGCAUCUCAUCCUGAACAAUUAUUUCUUUCAGAACUCAUUGAACAUUGUCGUGUCAUUCAUUAA